AUGGCUUCUCCACUCUCCACACCCGCUAGCCCCAGGACCUCGUCGCCGUUGACGCUCGACGACGACACUGCACAGUCGCUCUCGUCGUCGCCAGAUGGCGUCCAGGGCGUUGCGACACAGAGGGGGCCGGACCAUGUCUGGCCGAGCCACGUUGCUGUGCCCAACGCCGCCGGCGCAUCCCCCACAGCGGAGCCCGCGAGGCCAGAGCAGCAUGCACCGAGCGCAAAAGGAAAGGAGAAGGCUGCCAAGCGCCCGCUGCGGUUGCUGGACCUGCCCGUGGACGUGCUGAGGGAAAUCAUUCACCAGCUUCCGCACACAAACGACCUGACGUCCCUCUCUCUCUGCCACACCGCCCUCCACCGCCUCGCCAUCCCAUGCAUAUACUCGCGCUUCGACAUUGUCUGGCCUGACGAGAGCACCCACAUGGAGCCACGCUCCGGCGUCGACGCCCUUACCUAUGGCCUCGCAACGCUCGUCAUGGGAGACGACUGCUUCCCACACCAGAACCAACGCUACCGCGAGCAUGCCGUGCCCGCCCCGAACAACCAAGCUUCGACGCCCUACCCUAUUCCCCGCCGCCGGUUCGGCAACUACUACGGCCAGUUCACCAAGAAGUUCUCCCUCGGCAACGGCCCGCAAGCCUGGGUGCAGGAGUAUGUCAUCACCAAGGAGAGCGGGAAGAUGCUGGGAACGCUGGUUGCGCUUGCCAUUGCACGCAUGAUCAACCUGGAAACCUUCGUCUGGGACAUGCCUACCGGAGUGCUGCGCGACGUGUGGCUAGCGCUGUCCAGUCUCGCUGGCCGAACCGAUGGCGAUGACUGUCGCCUCGAGCGUCUGUGGAUUCGCUGGCACGACAACACAAUCGAUGCGCCUGUUCCUCCACCUGCCCCGCCCAUGAUGCUCAACAACGCGAAUCUGCCAGCUCCUCCAAACGCCACGCACCCAAGCGGCGUAGGCUCCAUGCCACCCCCGAUCGUUCCGCCUCAGCCGUUCUCAGCGAACAGCAUUACAGCACUGGAACGCAUCGAACAUCCUACCUUCUCCGUCAUCCCGCCGCUGAAGAGCUUGAGCGUGCUGGAUAUCGACGAGCUGCCGUAUCUAGACGAGAUGAGCAUCUUGAUUGCAAGGUCGCAGAAGAAACUGCGGGAGCUCCGUGUCGGCAUCGCCCCCCACGCGCAGCAACGGGACUGGGUCACAGUGUGGGAUGGUGAUGGGCUCCAUCAAGUUGACUACAGUGCUACAACAACGGCAGCAAGCUCGAUAGGCGAAAAGAGACUGGGUGGUGUGCUCGGUGUGCUUGUGGGCCGGAUCCACAACAUGCGUCACUCUGAAGAAUCUCCUCAGAAACCUGGUGUAAGUGGAUCGCAGGGUUGUGCGGUCAAGUCAACGCCUGUCAAGCCGACGAUUUCGAACCCUCUACCCUCCAUAGCAUCGCUUUCGAUCCAGGACAGAGACUCUGAGCAGGAUGUGGAUCACUUCGGGAAUCCAAUGGAGGAAUCGACCAUCACAGAGGGUAUCAGCCUGUUCAACGAGAAUCUCCCAGCCAGUGCUGAAUCAUUUGUUUCAACGAAGAGUCUACCAGCUAGCCCGGCGACAACGAGGAAGCUUUCGGAGCCGGCUAACGCCAGGAGUGGUGCAUUUACUUCAACAUCAGAGGAGGAAGAGCUGCUGAACGGCAAGUUGAAACUGGAGGUCCUAGAGCUCGAACGCAUACCGCUCUCUGUGUCGGUGCUGCGGAGGGCGUUCGACUGGUCAAUUCUUUCGACUCUGACGCUACUACACUGCAGCAACCACGAACAGCUGUGGAAGGUGCUGCGACGAACUUAUACCCCACGCACUGGCUACCCUGGAUCGCCAUCUGCAUCGAAAGCCUUCAAGGCUUCAUACACGCUCCGAUCUGAGUACCAAUUGAACUUGAAGCGGAUCCACACCAACACGGUCUCGCCAUCUCUCAUUUCCUUCCUCAAAGAGACGCUAGCACCAAACAGUCUCGAGGUCCUUUUCCUGCAGGAAGGCCGCUCAUACUCGUCUACGGUGACAGUAGACGCCAUAUACCGCGGCCCAAUGCGAAGGCACAAAGCAAGUCUCAAGAAAUUGAUGAUUGACAGCAGUGAGAAGGGACCAGAUGGGCACACAACCACGAGUUCGAGAUGGCGGCGAUGGAUGAUGAACCACGAGAUUCUGACUUUCAUCACGAGCGGAAGAAUGAGCAGUCUGAGAGAGCUGGCCGUAUCGAUCGAUUACAAGGACUGGCAUCACUUCCUCCAACGCCUCCCCUUCAUCCCGCACAUCCGCUCCCUUUACAUCCCUUUCAUCGCCGACCACGCGCACGGUAACAAUAUUGACCCACGGGAACUUGCCUACCAAAUUCUCGACAUUGUGCACCUACGCCCAGAAAUUGAACUCUGCUACAUGGGCCUCACCCACAAGUGUUUUGAGAUACUGGAAAAUCGACCGACGAACUACGACCUACGAAGCGAUAGCAUGAGUGGCGAGGGUGGAGCGGGCGCGCAUGGCUACGUGGGCCACGAUCCAGCCAUGAUCAGCGAUGACGAGAGCGAGGCGACAGAAGAUGAGGAUGAUGACGACGACAACGGGGCGGCGGGACUUGCUGUGGAGGAGGAGACGGAGAGCGAGGCGAGCGAAAGUAACGAGGCAGACAGCGACGACGAAUCAUUCAUGCAUGAGGAGCAUAGGGGCCCAAAGCUUAGGGUGCGCGAGAUUCUGUUCUACGAAGAGAGAGUGGAAGCGUUUAGGAGGAGGCAUGGUGUGCUGAGGCCUUAG